AUGCGGUUUUCAAGUCAUGUACCUACACGAGCAAGUCUUGCGCAAAGCCCGAGAACUCGAGUCAAUUGUGACAAUAUGUCACGCAUCCUACGCCUAUUUGGUCAAAAGCGUGGCAAUGAGCCUAGCAUUAACUCAACUGAUCUAUGGGCGGAGGCCUUUGAGCUCCUCAAGAAACGCGAGAAUGAUGUGGCCACUGCCUAUGCAGUGUACUUGUCAGCUGUGAAAGAAGACGCUGACGUGAAUGAUUUGCUGUGUUCAAAUUUCGCUCAGUCGAUCGUCAAACAAUUGCAAGCACAACGAAAAGAUUCGAAGUGGGCUACGUCUCUCCAAAGCAAGAGCACAAAGAUGAAGGAAAAGGUGGAAGAACUUGCCAGGAUAUUGUUCUGGUCGGAGACUAUUGUUGACGUGGCCGUCUCAGACCAUCCCUUCACAGCUCUGGCCUGGUCAAACAUCUUCAUCCUCUUGAUUCUCGAAUGCGACAGAGAUGAACAAGAGGAUAUAUUUGAGGGAGUGGCCUCGAUCAUGCAGCUGCAACGAUACUGGCAAAUCUGGGAAGAUUAUACGGCGCAAUCCAGGUCCAAACCAAUCCAGGCGAAGACCAAUAUUCCUGAGCAGUUGAAGGUCAAGCUUAAGGAAAUUAAUGAGCUACAUGACAGGUGCAACAGUUUCAUGAGCGCGACACAACAAAAUAGGAUACGCCAGAAAUCCAAAGAUCAGUGGAAAGAAAUAUGCGACCGACGAAGCAUCAAGGAAGCGGUUUCUUCUUUAUUCAAAGAGAUCGAACAUAGGGCAGCAUCAGGGUCGAAUGACAAGAAAGAGCUCAGCGCUCCAGAAGACAUCUCAGUUCGGCUUUGGAAUAAAGCAUAUGACUCGAUUAAGAGCAGCGAUGAGAAACUUGUCCUGGAGUUCGAAGAGGUCUUGGUAUUGCAAAUGAUCGAUGGGUUUGAUGUCAUCAGGCAGCCCAGCAAUGGAUAUCAGCCAGAAAGGGACAUUUUCAAAAAUGAAAACGGGAAGGCGCGUCUCAGAUUAAUGAGACAAGUGGUGGAAGCAUCUUUCGAAAAGGCUCAGAAACAUGAAGGAGUCAGGAACGGCGUACUGAGCGUCGCAAACUUUGUGGUGGAUCUACAGACGCUCAUGGGCGCCGUUCUGUCGACUCAGCCAGCUGUUGCUAUGGCUUGGGCUGGUAUUUCUGCCAUUAUCCCGCUUCUCACACGGCCUAUUCUCCAGCAUGAAGCAAUGCUCGAAGGCCUCGGUCAUGUGGUUUCCAGCAUGUCCUGGUAUAUGGAUCUCUCGCGCCAUGUCAUUGAUGACCAAUGGCAGAGAACUUCACAGCUGUCCACACUGAAGUUAAAUCUCGAGGAGAGGAUUGUACAGGUAUACAAGGAGAUGCUCCGAUACCAAAUGGAAAGUGCCGCCUUUUGCUUUGAGAAGCAUAAGAUGUUACAGGGGGUUCGGACAUCCCUGGGUUCCAACGAUUGGAUCAAUCGGACAAUGAAGUUGAAAGAAUUGGAAACGGGGCUGAAGGAAGAUGGAGAAAUGGCCACUCUCCUUGGUCAUUUCAAGACAACACCCUAUGAGCAGUACAUGGAGAAGAACCCGAUCCGGGCCCCGGAAACAUGCGAGUGGCUUCGACGCAACGAUCAUUUCAAUCGAUGGAAACAACAAGCCAGCGGUCUACUAGUCAUUGCAGCAGAUGCUGGCUGUGGGAAGUCAGUCCUUACAAGGCAUCUGAUCCAGGAUGUGCUUCCCUACGGCAACCCACAUGCACCGACAACCGUGGCCUACUUCUUCUUCAAGGAUGGCCCUAAGCAGAGUUGUCUCAAAAAUGCCUUGUCCGCCAUGAUUCACCAGAUGCUUUACCAACACCCUGAUAUUGCCGACUACUGCAGGGAGGAAAUACAGGCUCAGGGGCCUGCUCUCUGGUCUGAAAUCGCCCCGCUCUGGGCGAUUUUCAAGAGAGCACUCAACUCUCCGGUCUCAAGACAAGUCAUUUGCGUUCUCGAUGGGCUGAGUGAGUGUGAAAGCUCCGGACGGCAUGCAUUGAUCCUGCUUUUGAAGGGGCUUUGGACUGUUCGAGAUUCGAAACCCCCUCCGGUCAAAUUUCUCAUUACCUCGAGGAGAAUCCCAGCCAUCCUGGAGGAGAUGCAGAGGAUUGAUUCUUCAUCAAUCAUCGAUAUCCGCCGCGACUUCACUCUUGACGAUGAGCUCGAUUUCACUGGGGUUGAUCUAUGGCAAGAAAUAGAGCUAGCCAAGCGUCAUCGUCUCAGUAAACUCACGAUCGAGAAAGCACUGGGCCAUAGAACGCUGGAUUUCAUUGUGAACUCCCUUAAGGUUCUGGAACCCCGACCCCACUUAGCGCCAAGAACCUAUCUCUGGAUGAGUGCAAUAUUCGACGCCUUGGAUGAGAAUUUCGAGGAUACUCCAGAACAGUGGGCAGAGCUCGCGCAACAUUGCCCGGGUUCUCUUUUCGAUGCGUACGAGAAAAUGCUCGGGCGCGUUUCUGAUGGACAAAUUGUACCCAUCAAGAGGUUAUUCCACUUAAUGAUAGCGGCCGCGGAGCCACUGACAUUACAAGAAAUGAAUGUAGCCCUGAACGUUCCGGCACGUGAGGCUGCAUACUCGGAGAGGGACUUGGAUCUUCCAUCCGUUGAGCUUCCGGAGAUGGAUGUCAAGUACAUGCGGAUUCUUUGUCACCGAGUUCCGCGGCAAAGUCGUUUUCUUGCAUCAGGCAGCCGAGGAGUUUUUGCUACGAGGUUCCGAUGA